CUUUUCUCUCUCUCUGCAAUAGCGCUAAAAAAGAAUCCUAUCCAUUCGCUUCUCCCGAAACAACCCCUCCCCAAAUCCUGACCGUAGAUUUCAAUCUCCAAACCCUAGAUCUAAUAAAAUCUAGGGUUUUCUUCCUUUCCUCUCCAGAUCUUCAUCUCCUUCCCCAUCCUUCAGCCUUCAUGGAUCAAAACCCCAGAUCUAUCCGAUCUGCCGUUUUCUCCACCGAUCUCAGCCGUCGGAUCUAAAAACCCCCAAGAUCUGCUGCCUCGCUUCAUCCUCUUCUCUUUUCACCCUCAGAUCUAUUUCUAGCCGUCCGAUCUAUCUCUCGAUCACCAUCUGAUACGAGAUGGCCGACAACAACAACGCUAACCCUGAUGUCAAGGUCCAGGCCGUCCACGGCCACCAGCAGCAUCACUCCGGUCCGUACCAGACGCAAGAUCACGUCCACAUGCUCGCCGCUGCGGCUGCGAUGAGCCUUCCAGGCCAGAUGGACGACCACCAGCAUGGUGGACAUGUCGAUCAGCAGCAGCCGCAGCUGAUCCAGGUCGUCGCCGCGCAGCCGAUCCAGGUGCAUUACGUGCAGGAGCCGGUUGCCGUGGUCCAGGAAGAUCCAGCCGCCGGAGGUGGUGGUGGUGGGUCCGGGAGAUUGGAUGUGGAUCUCCAGCAGAACAACCGCAUCGGGGUCGUGACCAGGAGCCAGACCGCCAAUCAGCUCACGCUCUCGUUCCAGGGCGAGGUCUACGUUUUCGACUCCGUCGCCCCCGAAAAGGUUCAAGCAGUGCUCUUAUUAUUGGGUGGGCGUGAAGUAGCUUCUUCUGUGGCUUCCAUACCACAUCAUAAUAAUAGGGUGCUAAUUGACGCUCAAGGGAAUAUGCCCGAGAGAGUUGCUUCAUUGAUGAGGUUCCGUGAGAAGCGAAAAGAGCGAAAUUAUGAAAGGAAAGUCCGCUACAAUGUCCGCAAACAGGUUGCAAUGAGGAUGAAACGAUACAAGGGUCAGUUCACCUCGUCAAAGACACCUGAAGAGUAUGAGAAUUGGAUUUUAUCGAGAAAGGCAUCCCCCCCAAGAGCGACUGAAUGUCAUCACUGCGGCAUUAGUAACAAGUCUACUCCAAUGAUGCGCCGUGGGCCUGAUGGUCCGAGGACCCUUUGCAAUGCCUGUGGGCUUAAGUGGGCAAACAAGGGAAUACUGAGAGACCUUGGGAAGGGCGGAUCGGGUACAUCCCCAAUUCCUCUGGCCAACCUGAAUGAUGAGCUGGAUGCCAUGGAUGCUGACCCAGAACCCCUCGCCAUAGAGGGAGGUGCUGCCAAUGGACACGAAACGUCGUGAUGGAUCCCAUGCCCGUUGCGAAUUGCAGUUGUCCUUCUCUUAGAGAGGAUGGGAAUGGAUGGAGGGGAGGAGAGCUCAAAAUCCCAUUUUAAGGGCCUUCUUUCCUCAGGCAUAUAAUACUUGUAACAAUGGAUCUGAGAAAUGAGAAACUACUUAUAUAUUUGGUCUCAUAUGGCACUUAAAAAGACUGUAAGGGUCACGUGUGAAUGGACGGACCAUGGAUGGACGGAUUGGAUGUUCCAUCACUAGGUUAGAUCUGACAUGGUUAAGGACAUCUAUUUCUUAGGCACCUCCUCUGGUAAAUGCUGUAAUCUGAUGUUUAUGUUUGGUGAAUGGUAGUCAUUUCAACUUAUUUCUAAUGGCUUUGGAAGA